AUGAGAGGGACUGACUCUUCUCGUGGGCUGAGCAGCCCAAGCUCUACAGACGGGGUUGCUUCUCCCAAUGGAUCACCGGAUACGAAACUCACUGCCUUCUCCCCAGAAGACGUGCGCAUCAAAGCACUUUCUGAAUCGAGUACAUGCGGUCCAUUGGAUGACUGGACGGGAUUUAAGCAGUUCUUCUCAAACGCUUCUUCGGACCCUUUUCUUGUCUCUACAAAUGUGUCCACUCGGCCACAACUCUCUCCAACCGCAGCGAGCUUUACUCCCAUUGGACUGGGGGAUUUGAUGAGUUUGAACCGCGCUCACUAUGUGAACAAGGAGCCACCCCCUAGCAGCAUCGGUCUUCUGGCAGCCAGCUCCAAUGUCGACUCCAGUGCAACAGUAGCUCCUUCUACGAGCCGCCUAGAGCGGCCCCUACCAGCAUAUGGUGCAAUUGGGAGCGAUAGAGUCCAAAAGGAUCGCACUUCUCCCGAGCCUGGCCAUGGAGACAAUGAACAGGACAAACACACUCGGGCCUUACUUAUCGAGAAUGUUCCGACUAGUCUAACUUAUAUGUCUCUGGCUGGGUUUUUCAAUCGGCGUGAAUUCACCUCUCUCAAAGGUCCCAUUCUUUCCGAGUUGAGCUCUAAAGGCAAAGUAUUUGCCUCCUUUACCGAUUGCCGCGAAGCGAAAAAGGCAGUUGAAAAAGUCCGCCUUCUUCGUCCAGAAUGGAGAGUCGUUUCGCUUACUCCCAAGGAGUACGUGCAACAUCUGGACCCGGCCCUGCUUCCUCAAACUUCCGAUUAUGAAGGACAGCUGAUUGCAACUGUCUACUACGACAGCCGAAAUCCGGGCUUAAAUCAACAUACGGUGGCUCGAUCAUUGGAAACACUCGCUAUGACGUUUGGGGAUAUCCAGAGCUUCACUCCUUUACUCUCUGGUCAAGAGAAUAUUGCCGAAUUUCACAUCGAGUACUUCAAUACCCGAGACGCUGAAAAUGUCAUGACGACCCUCAAUGGGACUUCUGUGGAUGAUUGCGUUGUUGAGGUUUCAUUCUUCAAGCCAGAUGUAGAGAGUGAAGCCUACCCUUCUCCCCAGAGCCCAUGCUCUGUAAAGAAAAGCGUACCCUGUAUGGAUACCUCUUAUCAUAAAGAUGCGCCGUGGGUCUCACCUCGGCACGACCGUGCUCCUUACAUGGAACUUAGCCCUACCGGCCGUUCCACAAUCCCAUCCGGUGAGCAUGCUGGAUUAAUGGAUUGGAUGACGAGGGCGGGGGAAAGAAUUCUACCCUCUCCACGCCGCGAGAUCACCCGCUAUCCCGAUUUACGCUUAACGAACCAAAAUGCUGUCGAUGUUGAGCGGAUUCGCCUUGGCUUGGAUGUCCGUACCACCAUAAUGCUCCGAAACAUUCCCAACAAAAUUGAUCAGACCAUGCUCAAAGCCAUCGUUGACGAGACAAGCCACGGGAAAUAUGACUUCAUGUAUCUGCGUAUUGAUUUCGCCAAUAAUUGCAACGUCGGUUAUGCUUUCAUCAACUUCGAGGAUUCUCCUGAGCUUCUAAAUCUCGCAGAGUAUAAUCUUACAAAGCUUAAGUUUGUCAAAGCGCGAGCAGGGCGCACAUGGAACUGCUUCAACAGCGACAAGGUCGCAGAAGUGUCAUACGCAACCAUCCAGGGUAAGGACUGCUUGGUUCAAAAGUUCCGCAAUAGUUCGGUGAUGCUCGAACAUCCAUCAUUUCGCCCAAAGAUUUUUCACACUGGCACUGGAUCACUUGCCGGAAAGGAGGAUCGUUUCCCUGGACCCGAUAACCCUUCGAAGAUGCGCCGCAGUAUCGAGAACGCGGAGCACGUCGGCCUCUUUGCACCACGAGUUGGGCAGCAGUAUCGAGAUGAGCAGCGCCGCCGCCGCUCUCAAUUUGAUCGAGGAACGACUGCGGCCGAACGAGAGAUAGUUUACGUUCGGACUCUCGCCCCUAGACGCCCCUUUAGUGCUGUGGGAAACGGCCUGAAAAGCGCUCCUUGCACUUACCCCGGGAUGAAAAUGUGGUAUGAUUCGCCGAUCUCCGAGCAUGGUCCUAAAACCUCCUGA